AUGGUAUCAACUAAAGCACUAAAUACAAAUAAAAGUGAGUUAUGUAAAGAGACACAAUCUAUAACAACACAAGUUUAUUCUAUAACUGAAUCAAAAGAACUAAUUCAUAAUAAUGCAGUAGUUCAAAAGAAUAGUUUUGAGAAAAUCAAAAGAUUAAAGAUGGACUUAUCAAAAUUAGAAAAAAUGAUCACAAUAAUAACUAAUCUUCAGCACUAUAAUAACCUUAGAUUUCAGAUAAUUGAAGUUAAAAAGAAUAUUGCUAAAGAAGAAAAACAACAACUUAAUGAACUUAAAAGACAUGCAACUAGCCAAUAG